CACUAGAUGGGAGUGUUGCAAACUCAAUGGGAGCUACCCAGAUAUCGAUGUUGCUUUCGCGGACAUUUGAUAAUUAUUUGGCCUAUACCUAUAUUUUUUUCAUAAACUUGAGUCUCCAUUUACCACGUGCCAAGCCUUACUUUUCCCAAUUACAUUUUUUUCAUUACUAUUCGUGUUCCUGCUUUCAGGUUCUGCGCUCUUUCGCUUUGUCUCCAGCGACUCUUAUUCCUACGCGCUCCAGUGUAGGGACGGCUGGCCCUUGGAAUGACUGGACCAGCAGACGGUAGCGGUAGGAUGGCUGUGGUUGAAACGGGCUCACCAGGCACGGUGUGCUAAUUUUCUUUUUCACGGAUAAUUUUGGGAUGCUUUCCUUUAACGAUCUCCCUGCAUCUUUUGUCUACUGUGCGUGUGAACGAGUUUACAUUAUCCAGCAUGCUUUUUCAUUACAGUUUAUAGCUUUGUUACAGAAGACGGGACGGAGCUGUCCGUUUACUAAAGAAGACUACUAGAUCUUGGAUAAUUAAACUCGGGCCAGGAUGUCUUCAAUACGGGAGGAUUAUAUGGCACCUUGGUGGACAUAUUGGCUACACAAUUUCCCUCAUGUCAACUUGAACUUCCAGCCCAUCGACAACACGUUCACUCCCCAGGAUCAGAACUACCAGCAGUCAUUCAUCUUCCUGGCCUGUAUGGUGGCUGCAGGGCUGGGCCUGAACCUGCUCUGCCUGGCCAUCUACCUGAGCUGCCUGUGCUGCUGUCGGAAAGACGAGGAGGAGAGCAAGAGCCCCAACUCCUGCUGUGUCACCUGGUCUGCCGUCACCGCCGGACUCCUCAGCUGCGCUGCGGUGGGAGUGGGUUUCUAUGGCAACAGCGAGACCAACGAUGGGGUGUACCAGCUGACAUACUCCCUGUACAACACCAAUCAUACCCUGGGAGGGGUCGACAGCCUGGUGACGGGCACCAUGGGUAGCAUGGAGAGUGGUCUGAAGCAGCACCUGGCGAGGUUGGAUGAGAUCUUCGCCACGCGGGGAGACUACGUACAGACCCUGCACUUCAUGCAGCAGAUGGCUGACAACGUCAUCAAACAGCUGUUGGGCCUGCCUGACUGGGACAUGACUAAAGUAGAUUUGGCCGCUAUCGCAGACCAGAUCACAUACAUAGAGUACUACAGGUGGCUCACCUACCUGCUGCUACUGAUUCUAGAUCUGGUGAUCUGUCUGGCGGCUUGCCUGGGCCUAGCCAAACAGUCUCGCUGGCUGCUGACAACUAUGAUGGUGUUUGGGGUGCUGACGUUGAUCCUGAGCUGGGCGUCUCUGGGAGCUGACCUGGCCACUGCUGUGAGCACAAGUGACUUCUGUGUGACCCCAGACAAGUUCAUCAUGAACCAGACCAAGGACCUAAUCAGUUCUGAGAUAGUGCAUUACUACCUGUACUGCAGCCAGGCCCUCCCCAACCCAUUCCAGCAGUCUCUGACCAUCUUCCAGAGGUCUCUGACCACCAUGCAGAUACAGAUACAGGGCCUGCUGCAGUUCGCUGUGCCUCUCUUCCCUUCCGCCGAGAGAGACCUACUGGGCAUUCAGCACCUACUCAACUCAUCAGAGGCUAGCAUCCACCAGCUAACUGCCCUACUGGACUGUAGAGGACUCAACAAGGACUACCUGGAUGCCCUGAUCGGUGUGUGUUAUGAUGGGGUAGAGGGCCUGCUCUACCUCUGCCUCUUCUCUAUUCUGGCAAUUUGUGCCUUCUGUGCCAUGCUGUGUGCCAUCCCCCGGGCAUGGACACAUAUCACCAGCAGGGAGUGUGAUUAUGACGAUAUAGACGAGGGUGACCCGUUUAACCCUCAGGCCAGACGCAUGACGACCCACAACUCCAACCAUGCCACCAACAUGCACAGCUUCUGCAGCUACAGCAGCAGUGUGGGCAGCCAGAGCAGCCUUCACCCACCUGCCGCCCAGGCUGCCCAGGCUGUGUCCAACGCACCCGUCUCAGAGUACAUGAACCAGUCAGCGUUGUUUGGGGGAAACCCGCGGUACGAGAACGUUCCUCUGAUCGGGAGAGGCUCUCCGCCCCCCUCGGUAUACACUCAGCAAUUUAGAAACGGAUACUCCCCCAGCAUGAGGGCUAUAUACCUGUCCAUGACUGAGGACCAGAUCAGACACUUUGGGAAUGAUUUCCAGGCAUAGAGCUGCUCCUGCCUCCCUCCUCCUCUUUAUUCUCUGCCAUCUCCAAGAGGGUUCUCAAACAGGCAAACACACAUACACACACAUACAAACACAACUACUCCAGCAGUGUGUGACUUUGUGGCUGCUACACGGACCUACUUCUCGUCCAACUCACUGGACUGGACCAAGGCCUGAUAUGAGGAAAGGUAUCACACACACAGUUGUCCCAUCCCAAACCCCAGAGCCCAGUGUCUAUGUCUUAGUCACCAUGACUCCAGCCCAUAGAAUUAGAAUGAUUCUAUUAUGUGAUUCUAUUCAUUCUAUUUCAGUUCUCCCUUGCUCUCUCCAGAGAAUGCAGCAAUGCAAAGCCCUACUAUUCCACUUCCACAUUGCAUGUUGUGUCCACUGUCUGAAGGUGUAGUCAAAAGAAAUUCUGCCCAAGUUCUCUUGGAAAGAACACUGAACCUUUCUAAUAGCUUUAGAUUGAAAUAUUUUGGUGUGUCUGCAGCAUUUGUUUUAGGCAAUACUUUUGAAAUUGUAAGAUAGAGAAAUUAUCCUUUUUUUUCAUUUAAUUUGACCUAUAACAUCAAACAGGUCCUUAGGCCACCAAUUCAGUAUGUGAGUCCAUAUUUCCCAGCUCUUUGUGUAGUAGUGUUGACAUUUUUUUUUAAAUGGAAAUUGUCAUAAUAACGAUUUAUUUUAAAAACACUAGCUUGAUUCAUUCACCCUGACGAGACAAUAGCAACUUUUACAGGAAAUUGCUUUUAUAAUGAUCUAUUGUUCAGAUACUAAUGAUUUGAUUAGUCUAUUUUGAAAUUAAACUUCUUAUAAAACAUAUGUUAAGGAUGGAAGCAUGUUUUUGUGCCUAUAACCACUCCCUAUUCAACUAAACAGAUGUUCUAUAAUAGCUACUGUAGGUCUAUGACUGUUAAGUCAAAAGGAGGGACCAUACUAUGACUGUUGAUACCUGAUACUCCAACCCAUUUGUAUUUGAUGAAAUUGUCCAAGAACAAGUACAUCAGAAAUUACAUUCACACUCUUAGAACUGGAAAGUGUCUACUGUCAAAGGGUCUUCCCUUUUCCUCCACGGCUACAAACGACACAUGCUGUAUAUUGCCAUAAUAGUAGUUAUAUGUUUCCACAUGCACCUCAUACCUAAACCUUGUGAAGCACAAACCUAACCCUGACUGUAUGGUAGGGCCUGGGAUAGUGGCCCUACACUAUGCCCUCCCUACACUAUGCCCUCCCUACACUAUGCCCUCCCUACACUAUGCCCUCCCUACACUAUGCCCUCCCUACACUAUGCCCUCCCUACACUAUGCCCUCCCUACACUAUGCCCUCCCUACACUAUCCCCUCCCUACACUAUCCCCUCCCUACACUAUCCCCUCAUUACACUAUGCCCUCCCUACACUAUGCCCUCCCUACACUAUCCCCUCCCUACACUAUGCCCUCCCUACACUAUCUCCUCCCUACACUAUGCCCUCCCUACACUAUGCCCUCCCUACACUAUCUCCUCCCUACACUAUCUCCUCCCUACACUAUGCCCUCCCUACACUAUGCCCUCCCUACACUAUCCCCUCCCUACACUAUCCCCUCCCUACACUAUGCCCUCCCUACACUAUCCCCUCCCUACACUAUGCCCUCCCUACACUAUGCCCUCCCUAC